GCAGACUUCCGUGAUCCUCAUACAACGCCCUCUAGGUCCACAGACGUCAAACAAACAUUUUCGGGAGGGGAUUUCCACACAGACCAGUUUCCUUUACUUGUUUUGCUUUCGAUCUGCGGAAUAGAAUUAGCUUAAUUUAAGUUUUCGUUUUGUUAUUGGAAUCCACAUUCUUAUCGAAAACUUCUGCAAACUGACAAGACCAUCGGUACCUUCUUCAAAAGGCAGGGCUAUUUCAUUUAAGACCAAAAUGCCAGUGGAAAGAAUGCGAAUGCGACCAUGGCUUGAAGAACAGAUAAACUCUUGUAAAAUUCCUGGGCUCAAAUGGGUUAAUAAAGAGAAGAGGAUAUUUCAGAUACCCUGGAUGCACGCGGCACGCCAUGGCUGGGAUGUGGAGAAAGAUGCUCCACUCUUCAGGAACUGGGCCAUCCACACAGGGAAAUAUCAACCAGGGAUUGACAAGCCAGAUCCAAAGACAUGGAAGGCUAACUUCCGCUGUGCCAUGAACUCUCUGCCUGACAUUGAGGAGGUGAAGGAUAAGAGUAUCAAAAAAGGAACAAAUGCCUUCAGGGUUUACAAGAUGCUCUCUCCCUCGGAGCGGCAAACAAAGAGAGGCGGCAAAAAAAGGAGUGAAAAAGAGAAGAUAAAGGUGGAGCCCAGCUCUCCUGUUUGGGAGGGCAGCAAUGGCUUCUCCGUCCACACCUGGUCAGUGCACACCAAGGAGGAAGAGUUGACAGACUACACCACCCCUCCGACGAGCCGCAGCCCAGCGGAGGAACACCUGAUCAUCAGCGACCUUCCCGACGUGUGCCAAACCAUCGAGGUGAUCACGGAGAACGAGGAGCAGUCCAUCACCUCCAGCCACCACUACCCGCUCCAGAUCUCACCCGUGUCCACCUAUGGAGAAAGUGACACCGACAGCGUACACAGUGAAGAGGACAGUAAAGAGGCCCUGCGGGCAACAUGGCACCCCCUCCAUAGGGUUGCGAUGAGGAUGCCUACCGGCUCUCUGCCUGGCAUGGCCACCUUCGUCUCCCCAGCUUUCAUGGUAACCAGCAGCCAGGGCCCUUUACCACUCAUCUCGGGAGAGGCCGCCCACUGGGUCGUCCCCCCCUCCCAACCGAGCGCCGUCCCAGGCCCAUCCGGGCAAGCCUCUGUCCACGAGAAGCGUGCCAGCGUCAUCAUGAAGACUUCCGACGUGUCCAAAUCGGUGAAGAGCUGCUGAAGAAAGCUGAGGGGGCCACAAGCUUUGGUCCCUCUGCCCAUCUUUAAAGGAAAAUACAAAAAAUAACAUUCAUUGCAUAGGACCAGAGGUGCAGGUAAAGCCCCCCCCCCCCCCUCCUCCACGUCCAAGGAGCAUAGGAUGUGUGGUGUGGGGUGUGUGGUGUAGGGCUGGUUUCCUUAGGAAAUUGUGAUCUAAUGAACUUCCUGAGUCAGGCAAACUCUGCCAGGUCAUAUUUGAUCACGUGAACUGGUUGUAAAUGAUGCAAAUGAUAAAAUGCAAGAAUGGUGGAGUAUCGGUGUCCCCUGGACCUGGAAGGCAGCCAGGAUCGGGAGCGUUUGCGGGUCGCUUUGUGAAUAUGUACAUACCUGUGUGACGUCAGCGUAAUUGCCAGCUGCUUCUGCACCUUAUAGACUAGCGUUGAACGGGUGAAUCUGUGGCCUAUCCAGGGAUCGUGCAAAACAUUAUCCCCUUGGUGGAUGUACUCCUCGGGUGGCAGUCACAAAAAUACAUUAGUGACUUCCUCGGUGUGGGUGUCAAAGAAAAAAAUAACUAAAUGCACUCAAAUCUAAAUUAAUUCAUCUUGGAAUUUUAGGUUAAGCCAUUAUAUUUUUGUAUUAAAGGGAAAAUGUCGCUUCAUAUUGGAUCAUCCCCCCCCCCCAUCCCUAGUCCACCCAGUUGUGAAAUAUUGAUAAAUAUUUUUGCUAUUAUUUUAUAAAAAGGACACAUGGAAAUUGGAGUUCUCUACUGUAUGCACAUGUAUGUGUGAAUGUGUGGCUAUUGCUUAUUUGCGCCAAUACAUUUUUUUUUCUGUUUGUUUGUUUUGUGUGUAUGUAUACAUUUGUGAAAUGAUGUGCAAACAUGUCUGUACAUUUAGCCAUGUACAUUCAUGAGCCACUUUAAAUCCUGUGGAUCACUUAUUCUACAAAUCUUAAUGGAAGAUUUCUUAAUUUUUUUUGGAUGUACCAUGUUAUUGUCUUUGUAAUAAAUGUCAAACACUGCUUGUUCUUGAGCCAGUUUAUGUACCUACAUCUGCAACAGUAUCAAUCCUUUUUCCAAAAUGCACUAUCAAGAGCUGGAUUUGUCUUUACUGUUGUUCUGUUUUUUCUCAGAAUAAUUAAAAGAUACUUUGGUUUCUCAAAA